AUGGACUACAUUGAUCCUCUUGAGCGGUAUGAUAGUUCUUGCGUAAGUGAUAUCUUGCCCUCCGACCAGCAUUCCAUGAGAACUUACUUUGAACAUUCGUUGCACAGCUUUUUGACGUCUAGCAUUGUUGCACCCGCUGCUGCUAGGAUAGUAUCCGAAUACCAUGUCGAAGCGCCUAUCCUCUCGUCGAUGAUUACCACAAUUUAUGUGCUUGGCUUCUUGUUCGGUCCCCUUUUUCUUUCUCCUCUCAGUGAGCUCUACGGUCGGCGCCCCAUCUUGAACUUUGCGAAUGCGUUCUUCACUCUAUGUCACAUCGGCUGUGCUCUGGCGCCAAACAUUGGCGUAUUUCUUGCUUUUCGGAUACUAUCUGGCAUUGGAGGAUCAGUUACACUAUCAGUUGGCGGGGGAAUGGUGGCAGAUCUGUUCGAUAUCCACGAGCGUGGUGUGGCCAAUGCACUUGUUACAACGGGGUCGCUAUUCGGACCAGUACUGGGGCCCCUUAUUGGCGGCCUAAUCACACAGAAUGUUGACUGGCGGUGGAUUUUCUGGGUCUUGCUUAUUGCCUCUGCAGUUUUCACAACGCUGAUGGCAGUCUUCACCCCCGAGACGAAUUCUUCCAUCAUCAUCCGUCGAAAAACUUUGAAUAUGCGACAAGAAACGGGUAGAGAGGACCUACGGAAUGCUUAUGACUUUGACAAGACGAUGAAUGGUAUCGACAAAUCUCUGUCCCUGGCUCAUGCAAUCAAACGCCCUUGGAAAAUGAUCACUCGCUCUCCAAUCUUGAUGAUUCUGUCCUUUAUAGUAGGCCUAAUCUCAGGUCUGCUCUACUUCCUCCUGACUACGACCUCUAGCUUCUUCGAAGAGGUCUACGGCUGGCCUCUUGAGACAGCAGGGCUUGCAUACCUAGGCCUCGGUUUUGGGAGCUUGAUUGGUCUUGUUUUAUUUGCAAAAACCUCCGACCUGUUUACAAUGCGUCUCACGAAAGCGAACAACAAUGUCUUCGAACCCGAAAUGCGGAUCUUUCCUGCCAUUUUUCCAGCCUUAUUUAUUCCUAUCAGCUUUUUCUGGUACGGCUGGUCGGCCUCUGAGCGGACUCAUUGGAUUGUUCCGUUGACCGGGUUGGUGCCAUUUGGUUUUGCACAGGUUGGGAUCAAUGCCACGGUUCAGGCUUACUUGAUCGACGCGUCUGGUCCAUAUGCGGCCUCUUCGGUGGCUUGUGCAACGGCGGUAAGAUGUCUAUUUGGUGCUUUUUUGCCAUUGGCUGGGCCGAGUCUGUAUAAUAGUCUCGGCCUGGGAUGGGGCAAUUCCUUGCUGGGAUUUAUCAGUUUGGUUAUGGUUCCAUUGAUUGUUUUUGUAUAUAAAUCUGGACAAGGGCUGAGAAAGAAGUACCCCUUAAAUGCCGCUUAG